UGUGGUCCGAUGGGUGGAGGACCUGAGAAACUGAUAUCAAGAAAGAGACGAGAGGAAGAUAUUAGCCCAGACUGGAUCAGACGCCGCUCUGCCGGUAAACAACUUCACUCCUAAACACUGGACCCCAAGGCUCUUCUUCUCACAGCAAGAUGAUGAAAGGUCCGGCUGCCCUUAAUGCUCCUGCAAGUCCCGUCUAUGCUAACUAUACCUAUGCUAACGGUACCUAUGCUAACGUUGAAGUUAUUCAGGAGAGAAACUGUACGAAAAGACCAAUGAAUGUCCCAACACCCAUCCCGGGGCCCAGAAAGGGCCUUCUCUCCUUCUCCGAUGUGACCCCCCGCUCCCAUCAGAGACGAUGGUCCGCCGACUUCUGCAGGUGUGCCACCUCCCCCGUUAUCACUGUGAGGAAGAACCUGAAGGAACCGGAGCCUCCUAAGCGUCGAGUAUCCCUCCUCACACCCCAAGCGGUGCCCCGUAAUCCAUCCAAACGCUACUCCUGCCCCCCGUUUGCUGUCUUUAGCACCAAAACUCACCCUUCUACUUCCUCCUCAUCCUCUUCCCCCUCCUCCAACUCUUCUUCCUGCUCCUCACCUCCACCUGUCCAGACGUCGGUCAUCACCGGUCAUGAUCCCCUAGGCUGGAAACUGCGUCCUAAAUCCAGUUCCAGCUCCCCUUGUGCUCGUGCUAACAGGCUAUCUCUGCAAAUCCCACUUCCUGUCAUCCAUCGUGAAAUCCCUACACCGAAUUUAACUCCAGAUCCCUCUAAGAAAACCAAACCUCCUUUGAAGCCAAAACCAACCCAGAGACGCCACUCCGACUCCUCCGCCUUCCUCCGGAAACAUCUUCCCAUGGUGACCCUGGAGGAUCUCCGUAACGUGCACCUUAAACAGGUUCCCUCUCUGGAUAAGUCCGACGACGUUUUCAGCGACGGAGGGGAGGAGGAGGAGGAGGAGGAGGAGGAGGAGGAGGAGGAGGGCAAAGUACCUCCACCUGUUCCAUAUAAGACCGCCAUGGCGAGGCAGAUAGCACAGCUGAUGGCUCGUUCACACCAACGCCGUGGACGUGUUUCAGCAGGUAGAGAAAUGAUUUACCCCAUUAAGACCAAUCUGGAGCAUUCACACGGGACCGAGGACACCAGAGUCAUUGUUUCAAAAACUGCAGGACUGCGAGUGGAUGCCAACAGCUCCGGGGUCAGACCCACCCCCCGCUUCCCUGGCUGAGGAGAAUACUAACCACCACAUGUACUGUAUUUCCAGGGGACUUCAUGGUAUAUUAAGUCAAGGUUUUGAACAAAAACGACUGAGAUUGCUCGAGUUAAAAUGUCAAAAUACUUCAUUUCCUUACUGCAUGAUCCCCUGCAUACCUUCCUGUUGAAUACUUGCUGUAAAUAUCUGGUUAAUAUCUGUGGAGUUUAUCCUAGUGUUGCUAAGAGUAUGUGCUUUAUCUAUAUCAGGUUAUUUAGGGGAAAUAUUUGGUUAAUCUGUGGACCUCCAAGACCAUUAAACCUGUGAUUCAACCAGUCAUUUAGAUUUUGGACUUUUAAAGAGAAUAUUGCAUUUUUCCAGAAGGUUGAAGCUUAAAGAGACAGGUGUUAAAAGGAGCAUACAUACAGGUAAACACACACAGGCUGUAGGCAACUUGAAAAAUAACAUUAAUGCAUGUAAAUAGGUUUCAAGGAGACGUUGAUGUCAUAAGACCUAAACGGAAUAGUUCCUUUAAUGUGAUUAUAUGAGUCAAUUACAAAUAGAGCUUUUACUUCUUAUCAAGAAGUCUGUGGUGAGUUAUAAAUGCCAUUGUUUGUGAUGUUUUAUUGAUGAUUUACCCGUUAGUAUAUGAUCAAAGCCCUACGAUGAUUGGAUCCAUGUGAGGGUUGAUGUUUGUUGUAUAAAGUUUGUGAAGAAUUCA